AAAUAAUUUUAAUGAUAGAAUGCGCCAAAAGAAAAAGGAAAUAGAUAAGAAGAAGGGAGCAAGCCCAGUAUAUCACACCAUAGCACAAAGAAAAGCCCAGACAUGAGAAUUAGAUUUCUAAGUGAACAAGAAAAGUGAAGCCCAUGAUCAAACAGACUCGAUUGCAAUUGGGAAUCUGUCGAAAUAAACAAGUAGAUCAGUGGGAAAAUUUGGGAACCGACAUCUGGUUGUUGACUGCUCUCGAUUUUAUUUGAGUUUCUUCUAAAGCACCGCCUUUCACCCUUUGUUUGCAGAUUGGUCCAACGAGUUCGCCGGUCCCCGCCUGCGCCACGUCGUGUAGAGCAUCCGUUGAGUUGAAUGGAAGAUCAGAAGCACAUGCCAGAUGCUUUGCUUAGUAAGCCCAGAAAAAAGAAGGCUUCAUCCCAGCACCCUGAAAUGUUUCAAUCACCUGGGGAGAGCAUGAGCGUGAAGAGAUCCAAUGAGAUACGGACAUUCUCCCGCCAAAAGGGGCCAAAACCCACCAAAAGGGGCGUCGUUAAUGAAGUCUCACCAUCACUGCAACCAGAGAGACUGAUCCCAGAUUCAGUACAAGACUCCUCGACCUCAGGAAACGAGUACAGAGCCCUUAGGCGCAAGUAUUUGCUCUUGGAGGAGGAAAGUUUCGGGUUGGGAAAAGAGUUGAAGGAAGUCGAGGAUGAUGUCAAGACCCUCGAAGAAGAGAAGCUUUCUCUAUUGGAUGAGCUUGUUGUCUUAGAAGGCCUUAUUGAUCCUUCAGAUAUUCAGUCUCAAGCCCAAAGAUUGCAAUGACUUUAUAGUAAAGUAAGUCUUUAACUAUAUGUUUAGCAUUUUAGCUCUUGUCUGUCUGAAAAUGGACAGAAUCUUUUAACUGGGAUUGCCAAAUAUUCCUUCUUGUUUAAAAGAGGUUCAUAAUUGUAUGAUUUCUUGUAAUUUUAUGAAAUUGCCAGGGGUUUCUCAGUUGAA